AUGUCUCGUGUAGCUGAUAUCAUGGCACGUAUUGCCAUUCCAGUUGGUUUGACUGUGAGUGCGAUCCAAUAUUCGAUGUACGAUGUGAGAGGUGGUUAUAGGGCUGUUAUUUUCGACAGAAUACAGGGUGUGCAACAAUCUGUGAUUGGGGAAGGUACGCACUUUUUGGUUCCAUGGCUUCAGAAGUGUGUUCUAUUUGACGUUAGAACCAAGCCUAAGAACAUUGCUACGAACACGGGGACCAAGGAUAUGCAAAUGGUUUCGUUGACACUCAGAGUUUUGCACAGACCUGAUGUGUUGCAACUACCCAAAAUUUACCAGAACUUGGGUAUUGACUACGAUGAAAGGGUGCUUCCAAGUAUUGGUAACGAAGUGUUGAAGGCUAUUGUGGCUCAAUUCGAUGCAGCUGAAUUGAUCACGCAGAGAGAAAUUGUGUCCCAGAAGAUCCGGGCCGAACUUUCAAAGCGUGCGGACGAGUUCCACAUCAAGUUGGAAGAUGUGAGUAUUACGCACAUGACCUUUGGACAAGAAUUCACCAAGGCUGUGGAACAGAAGCAAAUUGCCCAGCAAGAAGCCGAGAGAGCCAGAUUCCUAGUGGAGAAGGCCGAACAAGAGAGAAAGGCUGCUAUUAUCCGUGCUGAAGGUGAAGCCGAGUCUGCUGAGUACAUUUCGAAGGCCUUGAGCAAGGCCGGUGACGGUUUGUUGCUCAUCAGAAGAUUGGAAGCCUCCAAGGAAAUUGCUGAGACCUUGGCCAACUCUCCAAACGUGACCUACCUACCCUCCAAGGCCGGCAACGGUGGCCAAGACGGAUCUCCAAACUCGCUUCUUUUGAACAUCGGCCGUUGA